UUAAAUAAUCCGUUUUUAUCAGUUUCUGAAGAUCAGGUUCAUUCUCAGCUAUAAGCACGAUGUCAUCUGCAUACAGAAACAUAAAGACAUUUAUAUCAGAUAUUCUCACGUCUGACUCCUUAAACACGUUACUAACUGAUUAAUAAAUGAAAUCAUCACUUUACAUCUGCUUCUUUAUUUGCUCCGUUUAUGUUUGUCUGAAGUUAAAAUGUGUUUGAUGACCUGAAACAUUUGAGUGUAACAGGAAACCAAACCAGAUCAAAUCUGCAGAAGAUGAAAUGUAUUUUUUCCAGCUCUGUAGUUUCCAGGAUCAGAGUGAAUCCUGAGCUGAUUGUUUCUGCAGAUAAACUGGUGCCGCCCGAGGUGACUGUGUGUCCGGUGAAAACCGAAAGCCGUGUGGAGGGAAACACGGCUCUGAUGUGUCUGGCCUCGGCCAUGGAUCCUCCUCUGGUCCAGAUCUCCUGGAAAAGAUUGGAGAAGGACAGCAAACUGGAGGAGCCGGCGCCUGCUGAGGAGAAACAGCAGGAGAUCAGCGGGUCAAGAAGUUCUGCCAUCAUCAGGCUGGUUAAAAACGAGACGCUGGACAAUUAUGAUUACAUCUGUGAAGUUCAGCAUGAGGGCAAAUAUGUGAGGAAACAAACACGGCUCCAUGAACCUCCAGAACCUCCAGCUCCAACAAAGUCUGGAGCAGCAACUGAUCCGCCAGCAGCUGCAGCAUCUGUCCGUCCUCAGCUCCCAGUGAAGCUCCCAGUGAAGCUCCCAGUGUCCUUCCAGCCUCGCUGCAGGGUGAAGCUGCUCUGCCUGCUCUACUCAGUGCUGAUAGUGAAGAGUCUGGUGUACUGCUGUGGACUCUCUCUGCUGAUGGUCCUCAGGACCAAGGGACCGGCCCCCAGCUGAACCCUCUGCUGCAGCUUCAGCAACGCAGGAUUUUAUUAUUAAUCACUGAAAAUCAUUUAUUCAGCUUUAGCUUCAUUUUAAUUAGUUCUGGAGCUUCUUUGUUUUUAUAAAGUCAGAUAUUCUCAGCCAAUCAGACGUCAGAACGAUCUGCUAUGAAGGAAACUAAAUCAGUUCAAGGAGAUUUAAUGUCAUUGACUUUAAUAAAAGUUUAGUUUUUAACACAUUUUCCUAGAAAAAUGUCAGAUUUGAUCCAAAAUGACAUGAAUUAAUUCAAUGUUGAUUCUUUUAAUGCAGUUUUAUUGUAAUUAUGUACCAAAUGACUCUUUACCAUAAAUAUUCAUAAAACUCCAUGUUUAUAAUUUCAUGUCAGUCUGAUUCUGACCCCUUCAAAUAAAGUUUUACCAAACAUUUAGAUUAAU